AUGAGUGAAGAAUUGUCCCCCGAAGUAAUUCAACGAAGAGAUUUGAUUCUGCGAAAUCUUCAAGAAUCCCUUGGCGUCGAUAAAUUAUCGAAACAAUUGGCAACCGAUGGAAAAGUUCCGCAUUUGUAUUGGGGAACGGCAACGACUGGAAAACCGCAUGUCGGAUAUUUGGUGCCAAUGAGAAAGAUUGCCGAUUUUCUCCAAGCUGGCUUGAAUGUCACCAUCCUUUUCGCUGAUUUGCACGCGUUUUUGGAUAAUAUGAAAAGUACUUGGGAAUUGUUGGAAAAUCGAGUUGUUUAUUAUCAGAAUGUUAUUAAAGCGUUGCUUCAGAGUUUGGAUGUUCCGAUUGAUCGAUUGCAUUUUGUUAAAGGGACUACUUAUCAAUUGUCGAGGUUGGCUUCUUUUUUUUUUUUGAUUUAAAAAAAAUAACUCGGUUGAGAAAUUACCUGAAUUUUGUCAAUUUUGAAUUGAAAUUCUUCAGAAAUGUAGAUUUUCAUAAGAUGUUCAGUUAUUUCACAGAAAAUAUCCCUUAUCCCAUUCCAGACGAAUUUUUAAGCCUGAAAAUUGAGCUGAAAAGGAUUUCAGACAUUAUUCUAGAAAUUUUUAAACUUUUCAGAUUAAAAAUAUCAAUUUGAGACGAAAAUUUUGAAUUUCAGCUGAAAAUCGACCUGAAAAUUGAGCUGAAAAGGAUUUUAGUCAAAAUUUAGGCUCUUCAGGCUCUCAAAAGCUCGAUUUUUCAAAAUUUCACAAUUUUUGGCUCAUUUUAUGCUCUUCAUAAAACACAUUUCCCUGGUCAGCAAAAAAAGUGCAUCAAAAUAUUUUGUUCCAGAGAAUACACCAACGAUGUUCUUCGAUUGAGCGCCCAAGUUUCUCAAAGAGACGCCUUAAAAGCUGGAGCUGAAGUUGUAAAGCAAGUAUCAUCUCCUCUUUUAUCCGGUCUUCUUUAUCCACUUCUUCAAGCUCUUGAUGAACAAUAUUUGAAGGUCAGUGAUUUUCUAGAGUUCCCUUCUCACCAAUUUUUUCCCCUAGGUUGAUGGUCAAUUCGGAGGUGUAGAUCAGCGAAAAAUCUUCAUUCUCGCUGAAGAACAACUUCCAAAAUUGAAACUUGGAAAACGUUGGCAUUUAAUGAAUCCUAUGGUUCCUGGCUUGACUGGAACAAAAAUGAGCAGUUCAGAAGAGGAUUCGAAGAUUGAUGUGUUGGAUGAAGCUGAGAAAGUGAGAGCAAAAAUAUUGGGAGCCGCUUGUUCGAGAGAUCAACCGGAUAAUGGAGUAUUGUCGUUUUAUAAUUUUGUGCUCUUCCCAAUUGUUUCGCCGAAAGCGAUUCAAGUUGAAAAUCACGAAUUUUUCGAUUUCGAAUCGUUGAAAACCGCAUAUUUGAGCGGGAAAUUAUCGGAAGAAUCGCUGAAAAAUUAUCUUGCCGAAUUUCUUGUUCAACUUCUAGCCAAAGUUUCCGAAAAAUGUGAUAAUGACGAGGUUCGAAAUGCGAAAGAGAAAGGUUAUCAGAAUAUUGAAGUGAAGAAUGAGAAGAUUGAGGAAAAGCCUGUGGAAUUGGAUGCGAAUCAGAAGAAUUGGGCGGAGAUUUUGUUGCGAAAUGAGAUUUUGAAUAGGGAAUCAUUGGAAGCGACAAUAUCGAAAAUUAGUCAAGAAAGACCGCUGAAAUUAGUUUUUGUUGUGCAUGGAAGAGGAAAAUUCCAUCUUGGAUUUAUUGGACAAAUUUUGAAGAUCAAGGUAAUAUUUACAUGAGUUAUGACGUGGAAAAUUUGGAAUAUUUUUUUGGAAAAACGAUUUUUUUCCCAAGAUUUUAGUUUUGAGAAUGAAAUUUCGAAGAAAAUUCACAAAUUUCAAGAUGAAAAUAAUUUUUGAAGCCUGAAUUUUCAAAUUUUGCCACGUCAUAGCUCAUAUUAGGAACCCCUCAUUUUUAAUCCUAAUGAAAAAAUUAAAAAUAGGUCAAAUCUCAACUCCUAACAUGAGUUAUGACUUAGAAAAUCAGUAUGAAAUUUGUGCCAAAAAAUCAAAAUUUUGAUUAUUUUUUGAAAAUAUUGAAAGAAAAUUACAAAAUUUUCCAAAAAAACUAUUUUUUCCCCAAGAUUUUAGUUUUGAGAAUGAAAUUCUGGAAAAAUUGUUUUUGAGAGUAGAAAAUUCACAAAAUCAAGAAAUCCAGAAUUUUCGAAUUUUGCCACGUUUUUGCUCAAAAAUUUUUAAAAAACUUUAAAAAGAAAUAAUAAAAAAAAAUUUUUUAAUUAAAAAAAAGUCAUAGCUCAGAUUAGAAAUUGAGGAAAGUUAGAAAACUGGGAAUUUUUUUUGAAAAAUGUUCAAUAUUUCUCAAUUUAAAUCCUGAAUUUUCGAUCUUUGCCACGUCAUAACUCAUAUUAGAAGUUGAGCUUUGCAAUUUCAGACAACGGAAUCGUGAUUUUUUUUCUGGAAAAUUCAGUUUCAAACUUUUUCUCUAAUCAUAAUUUUCAGGAACUCCAUGACGCUGGAAUCCCAAUUUCCGCAACAAUUCUAGUAUCCGAUAUCGAAGCAUAUUUGGAUAAUGAAAAAGUUUCAUGGGGAGCAAUCGAUGCGCGAGCGAUUUAUUAUCGAGAAAUGCUGAUCUCUCUUGUCAAACAUCUCAAUUUGCAAGAUUUGGUCAAAAUUCAAAUUGCUUCUGAGAUUGAGGGAUAUUUUAGCAGUGACUAUGUUUUGGAUUUUUAUAAAAUGGCGUCUGCUGUGACAAGAGAUGAAUCAACAAUUUGCGAAGGAACAAGUCUUUCGGGAAAUUUGGUAUCAUUGAUGUAUACAUUGAAUGCAAGACUUGUGCAACCCGAUGUUUUGUUGAUUGGAAAGGAUUCGGCGAAUUUGGCGGAAUUGUCGGCAAAGGUAGAUUUUUAUUGGAAAAAAAAUUAAAAUUAGGAUAGUUUUAAAAAAUUAUCCCAAAGUUUUUUUGAGAUAUAGAAAAUCUGCUCAAUUUUUGAAAAAAAAUGAAAAUUUUUGCACAAAAGGUUUCUGAAAAACUCAAAAUUUUAAAUUUUUAUCGAAAUAAAUAAAUUUUAAUUUUUUCCAACUUUGUUUCCCAAGAAAAUGGCCCAAAUUUUGAUUUUUGUACAAAUUUCAUUAUGAAAAAUGAACACAAUUUUUUUUUAUUUGAAUUUUUUUUUGAAAUUAUCCAUCUGUAAAAACGAUUUUUCCGAAUUUUCUCAGAAACUGAAAUUUUGGAAACAAAUCUUUGAAAAUCGAAAUUUUUUUAUUUUUUUCUGUCAGAUUUUGAUAAAACAAUUUUUAUGAAAAUUGUGAUUUUCUUUAUUUUCAAAAAAUUUAAAAAUAUUCCAAAUUUUAAAAUUUUUGCACAAUUUUCAUUAUGAAAAAAAAACCUGAUUCUGAAAAAAUUCAUUUUUUUUUUUGAAAAAUGUUAUCUUCGAAAUUUUCCAUCUGUAAAAACAAUUUUUUCUCAGAAACUGAAAUUUUAGAAAAUCUGAAAUUCUCUUUGGAAAUCGAAAAAAAUGUUUUUUUUGUCAAAUUUUGAAAAAAAUUUUCAGAAUUUAAAAUUUUUUGUACAAUUUUCAUUAUGAAAAACAUAAUUUUCAAAAAAUUCUUCGAAAUUUUGUAAAUUUUGAAAAACCAAAUUUUUUGUAAUAUCUAAAAAUCUGUUUUUUUUUUUCAAAAAAAAAUUCAAUUUUUCCCCAAUCCCAAAAUCUUUCAGCUUCUCCGCUUCAUCGGUCAAACUCCAGUCGUCCAUUUAGCCACUGAUGAAAUCGUUGGCUGCGAUGGCAAAAAAAUGAGUUGCUCAAACGUCGAUCAACUUUUGGAUCCACUCGACACCCCAAAACAGACAAAAACCAAAAUCGCUCGUUCAUUCUGCGAACCUGGAAAUUUGUCUGGAAAUGUUGCGAUGCAACUCGCACAACAAAUUGUUUUCCGCGUUUUGGCGUUGAAAAACGAAAAAGUUGAGUUGAGAAUUUCGAGAAGUGCUGAAAAUGGCGGAGAUGUUGUGAUUCGUGAUUAUGAGGGUUUGGAAAACGAGUUUGUCACUGGAAGCAAUCCCGAAUUCCCGCUACACCCGGCUGAUUUGAAAAAUGCUGUUGUUGGAGUUAUCAAUCAGUUAGUCUCAUUUUUUUUUGUGAAAAUCUAUAUAAUUUCUGAUAAAUUUCCAGACUUUUCGAUGGAAUCCGCGCUGAUUUUGCUGAAAAGCCACGUCAAAAACUGGUCACUGACGCAUUUACAGUUUCCAAGGGAAAGAAGAAAUAA